GGGAGGGGAGGACACAACCCCCAUUGAACACCCACCGCCCCUGGGGAGCACCCACGGGGGGUGGGUGGCCCCUGUGGCCCCGCCCACGGCGAGGUGAUGACCUCCCCCCCCCUCAGGUGUAGCCCCGCCCCCUCCUAGGUGUGGUUGUUGUUCCCCCCCACCCCAAAAAAAUUCCUGGUUUGCUCAUUGUUGACGUGGGAAGGGGUCAAAGGUCACAAGAUGGUGGGGGGCGCCCUGAGGGUUCUGGUGUUGCUGGCAGUUUUGUCCCCCGUGAGAGGAAACCCUGUCCCCACUGAUGUCACCAGUCCCUUCCAGUAUGACUGGUACAACCUGCGCGUGGCGGGGCUGGUGGUGGCCGCCGUCCUCUGUGUCAUCGGCAUCAUCGUCCUGCUCACGUCUGUCACCUCUUGUGUCCCCUGCCAGGUGGGAAGUGCAAGUGCCGGAGCAAAGCCAGCCGUCGCCGUCCCCCUCCGGAGAUGUCCCACCUCGUCGGGCCUGGAGCCGCCAGCACAUGCUGAGGUGUCCCCAAGUGUCCCCAAGCCCAGAGGGGACCCAGGUGGCCCCAGUGACACGCAGAGGAGGGGAGAGGGUGGGGGAGGAGCGGGUUUAUUUGGGGGGUGGUUUCACCCCCCCCCAAAAAAAAAAAAAUUCCAAGAAAAGGGGAAAUUAAUAAUAAAAAAAGGUUAAAAAAGGUAAAUUUGG